AUGAAUGAUAAGUCAGUAUUAAUUACACCUGGCGGCAGUACAUGUAUUGAUGCAUGGCAUGAUGCAUCAGCUGAAAAUUCUACUAAUACUAAUACGAAUAAUUUACUAUUGAAAGAAAAUAAUUAUGAACACUUGUCAUCUAAAGACAUAUUAAUAGAAUCAAAAAAUAAAUCUAAUAAUGGAACAAUUAAUAAGCGUUCAAUGCAAUUCAAUGGUACACCUUCUGUUAAUGUUGAUCUUAAUUUAGGUCCAGCAUCUUUAUGUUAUGAAGAAAACGCUAAAAAAGAACGUGAUAACUGUGAUUAUUCAAUAAAAAUUACAUUAGAUAUGGCUAAAAAUGAUACAGCACCAAGAAAAAUUCGUAUUUUUGCUGCUGGUAUUUAUGAUUUAUUUCAUGCUGGUCAUGCUCGACAAUUAAUGCAAGCAAAAAAUUUAUUUAAAAAUGUUUAUUUACUUGUUGGUGUUUGUAAUGAUGAAAUAGCACAUAAGAGAAAAGGUAAAACUGUAAUGAACGAAGCUGAACGUUAUGAAAGUGUUCGUCAUUGUCGUUAUGUUGAUGAAGUUAUAAUAGACACACCAUGGGUUCUUAAUGAUGAAUUUUUAACACAAAAUAAAAUUGAUUUUGUUGCACAUAGUGAAAUUUCAUAUAGAACCGAAGGUAGUGAUGAUAUUUACCAAUAUAUUAAAGCUCGUGGUAUGUUUGCUGCUAUUCAACGUACUGAAGGUAUUUCGACAUCUGAUAUAAUAUGUCGUCUUGUUCGUGAUUAUGAUAUAUAUGUACAACGAAAUUUAGCUCGUGGUUAUUCAGCUCAAGAUUUAAAUGUUGGUUUUAUAAAAAAAAAUCAAAUUCAAUUUCAAUCACGAUUUGAUACAGUUACAUUAAAAUUUCGUACAUAUGUAGAAGAAUCAAAAACAUUUAUGGAACGUUGGGAAGAUCGAAGUAAAGAAUAUAUACAUUAUUUUAUUGAUUUAUUUGAACGUACACGUGUUUUAAAUUUACUUAAUCGAACACGAUCCAUAGGUGUAUAUUCUAAUACUCAUAAUAAACAAAGUGAUACAGAAAAUGAUGAUAUAAUAACAUUAGAAGAUAAUAAUUCUAAUAAAAAGAAAUUGAAACAAUAA